AUGCGGCGAUCGUACGGCGGCGAGGUCGAGAACCUUCUCGCGUCGUGCGGCGCGCGUCCGUCGAGGACCUCGCACGGCGACCUCAGCUGGUGGCUGACGCGCGCUGCGAACCCGCUGCCGCCUCUCGGCGCCGCGAUCGAGAUCCGACCGCGGUGCCUCGCGACGAGCAGCGCGAGCGCGCGGUUCGCGGCCAUCUACGACGGCCUGGACGAAUCGCUUCGGACGGUGCACGCGAUGCCGGCGCGCGCGUGGCGAGGCGCGCGGCCGCUGUCGAGCGCCGCCGUGGCGUUAUGUUUCGGUGCCGCGCUGGACGACGGCGCGAUCGAGGCGACUGAGAACGGCCCUGAUGAUAACCUUAUUAGUCCGGGGGAUUCGAAACGACGCGCCGCCGCCGCGGGUGGAAGACGAAACGUUCGCCACGCGUUCGCGCGAGACGCGCGCGAGAACGCCGCGAGGGUCGUCAGGGACCUUCUGUCCACGUCGCCGGGACCGGCGGCGGCGCGCGUCGGCGGCGGCGGAUCGGUCGUCGUCUUCGACCUCCUCGGUCUCCCGAGCGCGUUCCGGGGGCGGUCGCCCGCGACGUCGAUGCCGCCGGUGCCGCCGGGGACGCACGGCGUCGUCGGCGUCGCCACGCCGUUAUCGGCGUCGAGAGCCGCGAGGGGCGCGCGACGCCGCGACGACGAUCUCGACGAUCUCGAAAAUCUCUUCUCCCCGCCGCCGCGGUCCGCGGCUGACUUCGACGCGUCGUGGCGACGCCUCCUCGAGACCGCCGGGUGGCCCGGCGUCGCGUGGGCGCUGUACCUCCGACUCGCGGGAAUGCGCACGCCGGAAGAGCACGACGACGCGAUCGCCGCGAUCGUCGACGCGCUGUUCCCCGACGUCGACGCCGACGCUGAGAACGACCCUGACGCGCGUCGUCCGGACGUCUUGCCGACGCGAGGCGACGCCGCGAUCGCCGCGCGGUCGAUCGGCAGCCGCGCGGCGGCGAUGAAAGCUCUCGGGGCGCGCGGUCGCGCGGGCGGCGUUUUAGGGGCCUUCAGCGGAACCUCCCGCCGCCGCGUCGCCGACGUCGCGGUCGCGACCGUCGUCUGGAUCGUCGCCGCGCUCGGUCGCGCGGCGGUGACGUGUCUCUUCGGGCUGGGUCUCGGCGUCGAGGUCGCCGAGCGACGGGUGUUGGCGACGUUGACGCGAGGCGGGGUCUUCGCGUGCGCGUGCGCGGCGGCGAUGUUCUACGUCCUGUGGUACGUGCCGAGUUGAAAGUAGGUUCAGGGUAUCACUACGGUAGGGAUGUAAGAAGAGAGUCGAUAGAAGAGAGAGCGGCGGCGCGAUGAGCAGGGCGCCGGAAGAGAGUCGCGUCGUCGUCGUCUCGUUCUCGUCGGUGAAACAAACACGCUACGCGCGGCCGACCCGCGAUCCCCC